UCUCUAUGGUUUUGGUCUUGGUAAAUUCAGUGUCGACACUUUCGCACUGCAUCCUCUUUCCUAAAUUGAAGUAUUCCUUGAAAUUCCAAAAUGGCGGCUUAACUUUCCCUCCCCUUUUCAAAACUCUCCAUUCAUCUCAAUAAUCACUUUGCAAUUUUUACCAAUUUUCAUAUCCAACCUUUUCCCUCUUGCUUUCCUUUCCCUCCAUUCUUCAAAACCUUAAGAAAAUUCUAAAUCCUCAAAUUUCCCACUCCUUCAAAACCCUAACAACCCCCAUUUCUGCUUUCUCUUCUUUUUUUCUCCACAUUCAAUGGAAACUCAUUCCUCAGAAAUCCUAGAAACUGACACUGAACUGGUUAAUUCAGUAAAUCCUCGCGAAACCCUAGAUCGGUCUUCCCCAAAUUCUCCUGAAAACUCAGCUAAUUCGAACAAAUUUGAAGGAUUACAAAUGGAGGAAGAAGAAUUGGAUUCAUCACCUGUUCGGAGGUACACUCCAUAUUCUUCGUACACCAGCCAUUGGUCUCAACCUUGGGGUCCAAUCACCAAUUCAAAGCCUUUGGGCUCACAAUUGACUUCUACUGCUGAGCCCGACGACGACGAGCCAUCAGCUUCUGGUUGGCCCGACGGGCCUAACAAAGUUGAAACUACGAAAUCGGUAUCAGUUGGGUCUCUGUGGAAUUGUCAUAGAGAUGACGAUGCUAAGUCGUUUAUGCUGGGUGCAGGGCUUGCUAAUUUAGGCAACACGUGCUUUCUAAACUCGGUAUUGCAAUCAUUCAUGCACACAGUGUCUCUGAUUCAGGGCCUUAAGUUGAACGAUCAUGCCACACCCUGUGAUAGUUACCUGAAAGGUUUCUGUGUAAUUUGUGCGUUGAAAGAGCUUAUUGAUGCUUUACUGGUUUCUGAGACUGGUGUUGUCUCUCCCUGCAAAUUUGUUAACAAUUUAAGCUAUUUUUCUUCCACUUUCCAUCGGUUCCAACAAGAAGAUGCUCACGAAUUUCUGCAAUGUUUUCUGGAUAAACUUGAACAAUGUUGUGAUGUUUCAAGACCAAAAGGCAGCCCAACUUUGGAGACUGAGAACUUUGUGAAGCAGGCUUUUGGAGGUCGUUUAGUUAGCAAACUGCGGUGUUGUAAUUGUGGCCAUUGUUCUGACACUUACGAGACACUAAUUGAUCUGAGUUUGGAGAUUGAGGAUGUUGACAGCCUAGCCACAGCUCUGGAGUCUUUCACAAAGGUUGAGAAGAUAGAGGAUUCAGAAAUAAAAUUUACAUGUGAAAAAUGUAAGGAGCAAGUCUCCAUUGAGAAGCAGCUUGUGCUGGAUAAGGCCCCUUCUGUUGCUGCCCUUCAUUUGAAGAGAUUCAAAACUGAUGGUUCUCUUGUUGAGAAGAUUGACAAAUAUGUUUCAUUUCCACUGGAAUUGGACUUGCAUGCUUAUGCUGAUAACAACCAAAGUGAUAAUGAAGAAAUGAAGUACGAUCUUUAUGCAGUUAUAAGGCAUGUAGGAUUUUCAUACACUUCUGGGCACUAUUACAGCUUUAUUCGCUCUGCUCCAAAUGAAUGGUACAAAUUUGAUGACUCAAAGGUUAUUCAGGUUGGAGAAGAUUUUGUUUUGUCGCAGGAAGCAUAUGUUCUGUUUUAUGCAAAGAGGGGCACUCCCUGGUUUUCAGAUUUUAUUGAAGUGCAAAAGCCCUUUAUAGAUCCGUCCAUACUGAACACCUCUCCCAAGUCAGUUUUAGAUAAUACAGAUGUUGUCUGUGUUACUUCUCCGCGUCCGCCAAAUCCGCGGGCUUUAUGUGUCAAAGGCUCCAAUGAUGCUGCAAAUGAGUUAUCUCCCAAUUCUCUCAACAAGGUUCAGGAUAGUGACGGAAAGGAAAAUGUGCAGACGAGGUCUGCUCCUGGACCACAUGGUGCAAGUAACAUUUUGCAUCCCAAGUCACCUGAAGUGGAUAAAGUGUCUUUUCCUUCAAUACUCAAAGAAAACUGCAGUACUCUGGACCCCGGUGCACCUAGCAGAACUAUAUAUAUCACACCCAAAACGCCGUCUAGAUCUCCGAGCCCAGAGAUAUAUCGGGAAGAUCCCCCAGCAGACUGGGUUUCCUGCAAAAAGCAACUGCCGAAGGAGCUAGAGCAGAAUAUGGAAAGAAAGCAGGCGUGUACCCUGAUAAAGAAAAGCAUGCGUGGGUCUAGAGCCCAGCAAUUACCAGCUGCAAUGGGCGGGUCACACAGUGGAAGUUCUGUUAACAAGAAAAGGAGAAGAAUGGAUGUAUCUCCAAGUAGAGAUGAUAGUAGUUCUACCGGUCGCCGGAGGUCUAGCCUUGGCUCUGUGUUUCGUACUGUAACGGCUGGAAGCCUAAGAUGAGCAGGUUACAUUUGGCAAUAACACUAAUAAUUUUGGUAUCUCAUGAAAUUUUUAACUGGAAAAUCUGAACCAAUGGAAUAGGGUCUUGAUCUGUAUCCUCAAACAAACAUGAGGGGUAGUUUUUAGAUAAUAGCAGCUGUUAUUUUGUUGUUUAUAUUUCCGAGUUCCACUGUAUAGUGCAGAGUAAGAGUUUUAUGUUAUAUUCUCACAGUUGAGAAUUAUAAUCUCUUAUAUACCUAGCGAGAUUUUGUAGGAACUUUUAAUUUCUGUACUACAUAAGUGCCACUAAUUUAUUCAUUCAUAAAUUUUGUUAAA